UCUUCAGCUCUCCAUUUAACUACAGUUGCUUAUUUUCAGAAAUCCAUACUUGGUCAUGGGUUUCCUGGUAUUCCAGGAUCAAAUGGCAUGCCGGGAAUGCCUGGUACGCCGGGGCCGCAAGGACCCCAGGGAAGGGAAGGCGAGAAAGGACAGAUUGGUGAUAAGGGAUCACAAGGAAUGCCGGGUCCAAGAGGAGACAGAGGACGCGAAGGGCCUCCUGGGACGAGCGGACCGCCAGGAAUGAAGGGCAUAACAGGUGAACCAGGAAUUCUGGGAAUGAAAGGAGAGCAAGGCAUUGUGGGAAAUCAAGGAAGAAAAGGAGACAAAGGAGAGAAAGGAGAAAGCGUCAAAGCAAGUCAAGCAAGUGUAGUACCUCAAACCAACUGGAAACAAUGUGUGUGGAAAUCGGAAACCGAAACUGAUAACGGGAAGAUCAAGGUAAACAAGAAAUAUGCUAAAUAAUUGCUAUGGAUGACAAGACAAGACGAUCUCAUUUAAUAGAAAAUUUAAGGUUUUGCUGAAAUUAACUUGGAGUCAAUUAAUUAGCUCAGAGAAGAUAAAUCUCCUUCUCCUUCCCGUGAUCAUUACUCCGUUUAACCUCUUUCAGUUGAUGAUUAUUUCCUUUCCCAUUUAGUAUUACAAGAGUAGAGACGUUACUAAAUAAAUUUAAAUUGUUUUCCAGGAGUGCGCUUUUAACAAAUUAACAUCUGAUUCAGCGCUCAAAGUCUCAUUCCAGGGAAACAUGAGGGUCAAUGGUGAUACUAAGUGUAAUCGGUGGUAUUUCAAGUUCAAUGGAAACGAAUGUAGUGGACCAAUGACGAUUGAGGCUGCUGUUUACAACAACUGGUCAUCUGGGAACCAUAAUCUGUUGCAUCAUCGGUCAUUUGAGGGAUACUGUGAAAACAUUCCACAAGGCGCCGUGAGAGUGGAAUUAUGGGUAGGAAAGUGUAGUAGUGGCUACACCCUGGGUGAUGCUUACACCGGAUGGGAGUCAGUGUCCCGGAUAAUGAUUGAAGAAGUAUCUAGGCCCCAGUCAUAGUCUUCCCCAGUCUUCGGCCAGGUUUUUUAUUUUUAUUUUCUGUUUUUUUUUUUCUACAGUCGCUGAACACCAGUGUCAAGGGUUUGCACGAUCUCUGCAUGUGUAAUUCCCAUCUUCAUAUUUAA